CGAAGAUACAAAAGGCGGUAAAAUAGUUACAAUGUAUUCGAAAACGACGCAUUCUGAUGAUUUUUUGGAACAGCACAUGGGGGAAAUCAGAAUUGAUGCAAAUGACGAGCUUGAUUGCAACCAGUACGAAAAUGACCAACCAAACAUGCAGAUGGAAUCACAAUUCGGGGUAAAUGAGUAUCAAGAUCUUGGAAUAAGUGUGCAAAACGUUUAUGACGAGCUCGAAAAAACAAACGGUGGUAAAUUGGAUACAAAAUAUUCGAAAACGACGCAUUCUGAUGAUAUUUUGGAACAGCACAUGGGGGAAAUCAGAACUGAUGAAAAUGACGAGCUUGAUUGCAACCAUGACCAACCAAAUUUGCAGAUGGAAUCACACUCUGGCAUAAAUGAGUAUGAAGAUCUUGGAAUGAGUGUGCAAACCAAUUAUGACGAUCUCGAAAAAACAAACGGCGGUAAAAUGGAUGCAAACUAUUCGUAAACGAAUCAUUCUGAUGCUUAUUUGGAACAACACACGGGGAAAAUCAGAACUGAUGAAAAUGACGAGCUUGAUUGCAACCGGUACGAAAAGUAAAGAAGAGGGCAUAAUUGUUCCAAUUAAACUAUGCUAUAGCUGCUAACCCGUUAAACCUGUUAAAUCAGAUCUUUAUAAUAAAGGCAUAUAUUUCAUUUGUUAUAACUGACACUAUGGACAACUAAAUCUAUCUGCGAGGAUCCCGGCUUGGAAAAAAUACAUACUCAACACUUCAUAUUCUUAUUACUGACAGAGUGUACACCGGCUAAGUUGCAUAGUUGACUAUUUGUAAUGAACAAUAAGAUGUUCGAUGCAUUACUAUCUUGCUAAGAUCUGAAUUAUUAUAAUGAAGCAAAAGUGAUAGAACAUCCCUUUUUAUAAAAUAUUUUUUUUAAUUAUUUUGAUGAAAUUCCUCGUGUAAAGGUAAUUUGGUUAUGCAACAAUGUAUAUACUCUGUUUGAUAAUGUUUCUGUGCGUAUUCACAUUAUGUGUGUAUUACAUGCUUUUGUACUGCUGCUUGCCAUCUUCUUUCAUGUCACAAGCUCAUAUAUAGAGCCUUUCUGUUUAAUAAAAGGGGCAAAUUUACUUUGGAUGUAUGAUACGAAACAUGUAUAUAGUUGUGUCUUAGAAUUAUGCUGUGGAGACCGAUUUAAUCCCCAAUAAAAUAUAA